AAGAUUUAUGGCCCAUGGCCCAUGGACAGUUCUUGGAGCUUGGUUUCCGUGGCAGUUUUUGGAGCUGUGCCCAUGCUUCGCGUUCGAAGUCGGUCGAAGAUUCUUCCGAACGGAGGUGUCAGACUGCCCAUGGCGUGUUUUUUGUUGUAGGCUCAAGUCAUUGGAAACUCUCAAUGCCGGCCUUUGUGUACAUCGAUCAACGCAGCUGAAGCACAGGCAGACCUGUGGUUGCUGGGUUGAAACGGGCUCAUGACAGUCAUGGCCUUGCUCAGAAUUUGCCAAGUCGCAGGCCUUGCCAGACUUUGUGCAGCAAGUUUGUGCCAGGCCGACUCAAGAUGUUCAGAGUCAGAGGAGCUUCUUGCAGUGGAGGAUGAGGCGAUAGCUACUUCAACCCUUCUUUUGCAAGCCAAUCUUCAUCAGUCACGGGUGUCAACGGCCAUGAGCCUCCUAGAGGCUCGGCUUCCGCCUGGCAUGCACAGUUUGCUGAGUCGUCUGAAAGAAGCAGAAGAGGGCUCACAGUCUGACAGUGUGGUUGCCAACCUGACAGAGAUCCCUGAGGGAGUCCAUGAACUCAGGCCUGUCCUGCAGAUGGUAAACACUGGAAAGGACGAGUCGGAUCCAGUGUGGGCGAGUGUGCAUGAGCUGAUUGGCAGGUAUUUGAAGAAUACCAACGCUGAGAACGAGCAGCUCUACCAGAUUUGCCAGAGUGGGGACAUGGAGCAGUACACCAAGAAAGCGUGUGCGAAGGCUGAUCGCCAAAAGCUGCUGAAUGGUGUUCCAACUGACCGCUACUAUUGUGGCACCCACAACUCUGGGAUCAAUUGGGGCACCAUGAAGGUGGAGAACCUCUGCAAAGCCGAAGUUGGAUCCGCCUAUACGCUGAAAGGGCUUUGCGGUAGCCUCAGCAAGAAGCAGCUUGUGUUGAACUUCUUGUCCGGGGUGCACAAGUGGAAGGAGGAUCCCAGAUAUAUGAACAUUCCGUCGGUGGCCUGCAUUAUGGGCCUGGCAGACUGCGACAUUCACUUUUGCCAGCACUGCUCCUGGGUGGGCUGUGCCAACAAUGAGACCGCUCGCUGAGGGGGCGGACUGACCGAGGUUUCACUUCAGCUGAGACGAUCAGCUGACACAUGAAAACACAAAGGAAAACCAUUGAACCGGCGUCUGCACAUCAUCCAAGCUUGCCGGAAAUCUGCAU